CACACCUGACGCGAGUGUCGCCCUCCAGGUAUCUUUCAGGAGCAUAAUGCACUACUUUAAAUUUGAAGUCGAUAAAAUUAAAUCUAUAUUUAUGCAUAUAAAAUGAAGAACGUAUGAAUAAGGAAAAACUUAUGAAUAGGGAAAAACGUGUGAAUAUGGUUCAAAUACGUUGUUACUUAUAAUAUUGUGCGAAUAACAUACGCCAUGAUUACCGAACUAUUGUCCUCUGAAACAAGUGUUUUUCUUGCGAUAACAAUAACUCGUUAAUUAAACACGCAUAGUUUUCGUCGUGUGAUGUUUGACCGCUUGAAUAGUUGAACAUGUAUAACCUUUACAAAUGUCGGUCACAAUUUUAGUGUAUGAAAAUCAGCCGCGGACACAAGCAGGCACAGAAAAAUCCCCAAGUUUGAAUACCGGCUAAAGAAAUGCAGUCUCUCGACCGCUGAGACAUGGACGGGUUAAACUAUUCGCAGUAGGACCGCUGAGUGGAAUUAAAACAGGCAGUUUGCAAAUGUUUGUCCUAAAAACAAGGAAAAUAUGACCAGCACGAAAUACCUCUAGCAGCGCUAGACAGCUUUUGUUCACAAACAUGCGCGGAUAGAACUCUUCGCAAUAACAAAGAAGAUAACCGUUUGAUAUUCAAAGAGUUAGUUCCACACCUCUGAAAGUUUCCACACGUAUUGAGAUGGACGGGUGGAAUUAUUUACAGAAGCGCAAGACCAUCGUAGUGACAGGCCUUCCUGGUAACGAGGAUGACAGCGAGUUCAGCAAGCGCGUAUGGCUUGCAGUGCUCGGCACCGCGUCGAGAGGUGGCCGUUGUGAUGUGCAGUUACUCACAUCCGCUCUGCAAGGUCAGCCUCGAGACUGUUUGUUCACUCCUGGUCGACGACAGGAGUUUGUUUCUGCUCUGGUUCCUCUGUUUGAAGCUAAGGAUAACAUCGAAGAAAACGUGGGCAGCUUUUUGAUCGCAGUUCAGCAAUUCCACAACGCGGCUCUAGCAUCAAACAACGGCAUCUGUAGACUCGGCCAUCCUCAUGCCCUGUUAUACGUAGCCGCUGGAGUGGCUCUCCAAUACAAGCUAGAGAAUUCGAGUCACGUUUGCACUCUGCUGAAGUCUAUUCACAAAUGCGAUGGCGGCUUGGACAAAGUGUUUAUCCCUCCUCUUCUAGGACAUCGUCUAACUCACGUGCUCUCCGGCUGGCGCCCUCAUCAAAAAGAUGGCGACAACCCAAAGAACCUCCUAUUCUGGGUGAUUCACGGCACCUGCGUGGGGCUUAAGGUCGGGUCUCCUCCAAAGAAGAUCCAGGACGCACCAAUGCCGUCUUUGCAAAAUACUGUUCCGCUGACUAUCGCGAUACAAGCUGAUAACGUGCAAGCUGUCAAGUACUUACUGAUGUGCGGUGCGGAUGCGCACACUGCGUCUCGUAAUAGCCCACUACUUGCGGUGCUCAGCAAACUGUCCGCGCACGCCAGGGCAACGCUGGCCACAAGACCAACCUGCGAUUGCUUCUCGUACCCAGAUCCCGAAAACGGAUCCCGCUUAUCUGCCCAUGAGAUGGGGCAUUGUUUGAAACUAUGCCCGUGCGAAUUGCAGUGGCCAAUAAAAUGGCCUCCUGCAUGUGUCGAGAUAUUGAAACGGCUUAUGUCUUGUGUUGUCGUACGCCGUUUGCCAAGUAAUGCCGACAUCGUUCACCCUCGCAUCGUCAAUGAUGGUCUCAUCCCGGCGCCGACGCUGAAGGGUAUGUGUCGGGUGGUCAUCCGACGCCAACUUUCCAGUUCAUGGAACCUGCCGCACGGAGUCACAAAACUGCCAAUACCAACGAAGUUGAGACAAUAUAUAGCGCUUCAAGAAGAUGCCUAGUUUCUUAACCAAGACGUUAGCCCUAACCAUGUCGCAUAAAUGUUAUAUGUGAAUUUGAUUUGAGAUAUUUCGCCAUUGAUGUUGCGCUUCAUGAGCCACAUAGCAUUAGACAAGGAAUGGAAAAUAUUAGACUUUAAAGACACACGUUAUUCACGAAGAUAUAUCAAAUCUUCCUAUGCACAUCUAAAGACAUUUUUAAUGUCUUUUUAGAUCAGGGAAAUUAAGAAAUGAGUAUAUUUUUAUCUAUCUAAUACAAUAUCUAAAAAAAGUUAUUCACAACCGGAAACUUCCUCGUUAUUAAGGCGCCUGAGCUUACAAAACCUGCAUAUAAGUCCGGCGCUGACUGGAAAUUCUAAGGAGUAGGAGGGCAUCAUCAAUAUUUUCGCAUAAUUUAAUUAUUAUUUUGUUCUCAGAAAAUGCAGGCUAUGCCUAGCUGUCUCAGCAAGCUUUGUAAAUAUUUAAGACAAAAAGAUGCGAACUUCAACCUUUCUAUAUUGAUGAAUUUGCACCAUUCUAUAAAAUUUUCACCUUCAUGCAUAUGUUUCCCCUAUAAUAAUCUUUUAAUUAAGUUUCCAUUGCUACCUCAACCUAACGCCUAUGUUUCAAGAUCUUUGUUGCCAAAGAGCCCAAGUUAUCAUAAAUUAAAAAAACUGUGUUUAAAAUCCAAUAA